AUGGCUGGAUGGUCCAUCAACUGGCGCAGGGCGCAGCAGCCCAUCGAGUCCGAGCAAUUGGAACCGGACCGCGAGGCGAAGAAAGUAGAGAUCGCAGAGGCCGCGGUGGAUGAGAACCUGCAUCUCAAGGGGGAUACCGUCGCCAUCGAACAGGAGACCCAAGAGAAUCCGGAAAUUGCGGCGCUGCCUCAUACAGUGCGCCAGCUGAUCAACCUGACCGAUGACCCGACCCUGCCGACCAUCACCUUUCGUUACUUCGUUCUCUCCGCCAUCUUCGUGAUUCCCGGUGCGUUUCUGUCGCAGAUGAGCUAUUUCCGCACCACCAAGGCUCCGUAUUCCGUCUUUUUCGUGCAGAUCGCGUGCCAUUAUGCCGGUCACUUCAUGGCCCGAGUCGUCCCCGCGUGGAAUGUCGGCAUCCCGGGCACGCGCUUCCAGUUCAGCCUGAAUCCCGCCCCUUGGAGCAUCAAGGAGCACGUGUUGGUGACCCUGACCGCAGCCUCCGGAGCGACCUACAACAUGGGAUAUGCCCCCAUCGUGCUGGCCGAGCUGUGGUACGGGACCCGGAUCAAUCCCGGGGUGGCCAUCUUCUUCAUGCUGUCCAUCGUCUGGAUCGGGUACUCCUUCGCCGCCCUGGCCCGGCAGAUCUUGUUGCCAGACCCCGAGUAUAUUUGGCCGCAGGCCCUCAUGCAGACGACAUUGUUUGAAACGUUUCGCAAAACCGACAAUUCCUCGCCCGUCGCCCGGCGGCAGAUGAAGGUGUUCUUCCUCGCAUUGCUCGGGAUGACCCUGUGGCAAUUCAUCCCGGAAUAUGUCUUUCCAUUCACCUCGUCCCUGGCAUUCCUCUGCUGGGUGGCGCCCCGCAAUCCCGUGGCCAACUUUAUCGGCUCGGGGAUCGGUGGGAUGGGCUUCCUGAAUCUCUCUUUAGACUGGUCCAACGUCAACUGGAAUGGGUCCUCGAUUAUGACCACUCCGUUCUGGACCCAGGUCAUUCUCUUCCUGGCCUUUGCAUUCAACUGCUGGGUCCUCCUCCCUGCAGCGAAGUGGGGAAACCUCGGCUCCUACAAACAUGGCCUCAUGUCCAACACCCUGUUCAUGGCGAAUGGCACGGCCUAUCCCACCCUGGAGGUGCUGACCCCCAGCUUUCAUCUCAACACGACUGCAUUUGAGCACUACGGCCCCAUGUAUAUGGGCCUGCAGAAUGUGUGGGCAACAUUCUUUGACUACGCCAAGCUUCCGGCCGCCGUCACCUGGAUUCUGACCUUUGGAUACGCCCAGGUGUCGGGGAACAUCCGUCGCAUUUUGGAAUCCCGUAAGACAGAGAAGGACAAGACGGCGCGAAGUAUUCACCACCAGUAUCACGACCGCCUCAACGUGAUUCAGAGGCAGUACAAAGAGAUCCCAUGGUGGUGGUAUGCCACCCUAUUUAUGGUGGCCUUUGUCAUCUUGAUCGUCUUUCUCGCCCUCGGACACCUGUUCAUCCCAAUUUGGACUCUGUUCGUAGCGCUUGCUAGCGCUGCGAUUUUGGUCAUCCCCUUCGCCUGGCUCUACGCUAUCUCCAAUUACCAAUUGGAGACCGGAUCCUUCAACGAGCUCAUGUACGGCUAUAUGGUCCACACUAAGGCUGGUGAGAAUCACCAGCACCCAUGUGGCCCUUCGGUCUAUGGAUCGAUCGCCGGCGACGCCUGGUAUCGUGCUCAGUAUAUGCUUCAAGACCAAAAGAUUGGUCACUACAUGCACAUCCCGCCUCGAGCUGUCUUCUUUUCCCAAAUCUUCGGUACUUGCAUGGGGGUUCCCAUCAAUUAUGCUGUCAUGCGUUGGAUCAUGAGCACCAAAGGCGAUUUCUUGACCGGCAAGAAGACCGACCCCCUCAACCAAUGGACCGGGCAAUCGCUGCGUAACUCCAACACAAUGGGCAUUCAGUACGCUGUGUUGGGACCGAAAAAGCUCUUUGCUGAGUCGGAGAUGUCUAUCCUCCCUUGGUCAUUCUUGAUCGGGGCGGUGAUCCCACCCAUUCUCUACGUUGCCCAUCGGUUUUUCCCGCGGCUUCGAAUUGAGCUGUGGAACGUGAGUAUCUUCUUUGGCGGCUUGGCCAUGUUCUACGGUAACAUCAGCACCGGAUAUACCUCUGCCAUCAUCGGUGGCUACAUUGUCAUGUACUGGGCUUAUCGGAAUCACUUCGAGACCUGGAAGCGAUACAAUUACCUCCUCGCGGCUGCCUUUGAUGCUGGAUUUAACCUUUGCAUGCUGCUCAUCUUCUUCUUCUUCGGGGCUGGUAAGCAGAUCAAAAUGCCCGAGUGGUGGGGAAACAACAGCACUUCGGUCGAAAGAUGCUUUGCUCUGGAUAGUUGA